AUGGACGAUGCUUUGCGUCGCGGCAUCUUUGGUUCAUCUGAUGAAUCAGAUGAACCAUCGCCGAAGCAGAAGGCGCUCGAGGUCGCGAGACUCGGGCGCUAA